CCCCCUUCCCCACACGCACCCUGCACGAGCCACUCGGCCAAGCCAAGCUCGCGAUCCCGACCGCUCCUCAACCGCUCCCGAUCUCUGACGAACCCUACACGAUAUCACGACCGCACCCGCACCUGCCGCUCUGAUGGACGACACCGGUGGAUGGCGUUUCGCACAGGCGUUUGGAGACAAGGGGGACAUCGAAGAGAUUACGGAAGCGGAUAUCAUCUCCGCAGUGGAGUUCGACCCGUCGGGCGACUUCCUCGCGACCGGCGAUAAGGGCGGGCGGAUCGUACUUUUCGAGCGGAAUCGCUCAAAACGCGCGUGCGAGUACAAGUUCUACACCGAGUUUCAGUCGCAUGAGGCGGAGUUUGACUACCUCAAGAGUUUGGAGAUUGAGGAGAAAAUCAACGCGAUCCGAUGGUGUGGAAGGGCGAACGGCGCCCAUUCGCUCAUCUCGACCAAUGACAAGACGAUUAAGCUAUGGAAGGUAUUCGAGAAGUCACUUCGGGUGGUGGCACAGACCAACCACUACGACGGCCAACGACCGCUUCCUGCGCCUACAGAUCUCCGCAGACUGCGCUUGCCGAGCAUGCUCCUCAACGAGAAGAUCAUCGCGGCCGUCCCGAGGAAGACGUACAGCAACGCGCACGCGUAUCACAUUCACUCGAUCUCAGUCAACUCUGAUCAGGAGACCUACAUCUCCGCAGAUGACUUGCGGAUCAAUCUUUGGAACCUGGGAGUCGACAACAAGAGCUUCAAUAUUCUUGAUUUGAAGCCCGACAACAUGGAGGAGCUGACGGAGGUGAUCACGUCAGCUUCGUUCCAUCCAUCCGAGUGCUCGAUGUUCCUGUUCGCGACCUCAAAGGGAGCUGUUCGAGUCGGAGAUCUCAGGGCUGGGGCUACUGUAGAUGGACACGAGGGCUUGCGCUACGAAGACCCGCCACCGCCAGCGUCGAGUUCUUUCUUUUCGGAAAUCAUAUCGAGCAUCUCAGAUGCGUCCUGGAGUGCGGAUGGGACCAAAAUCUUGGCGCGUGAUUACCUGAGUCUCAAAGUGUGGGAUGUGCGCCAACAGAGCCGGCCGCUGCGAUCGAUCCACGUGCACGAUCAUCUUCGAAAUCGCCUGUGCGAUUUAUACGAGAACGAUUGCAUAUUCGAUAAAUGGGAAGGCGUAUGGGGCUCUGACGGAAAACAAGUCCUGACGGGUUCGUACUCCAAUUACUUCCGGGUAUUGGAUGUCGAGCAGGACGAGGGCGCUGUCGGUCGAGAUGUGGUUCUGCAGGCGGACAAGUCGGUAUUGAAGACUCGGAGAGCUGCAGGGAGCAAGAGUCUCCGGGACGCAAUGACGAACGAGGCGCCCGACUAUAAUAAGAAGAUCCUUCACGCGAGUUGGCAUCCGCGAGAAUCUACCGUUGCGAUCGCGGCUACUAAUAGCCUCUUCGUGUACAGCGCAAUAUGAGACCUUUGACGCCAGAUUCCCGGUUUCAGUUGACCUUUGGGCAUGCUGUCCAACGCUUUCGAGAAAGCAGGGAAGAGAAGAAAGAAGACUGUGAACGAAGAGAUGUAAAGCCAUCAUUCUCUUUUUCCUUCAGUCCAAGAAUCGCGCGACACGAUCAGCACUUCGUGAUCGCUUUGAAAGGUGAGCAUUGAAACCCUGAGAGUCUAGUCGCACGGUGGGGUCGAGUAACCGGCUGAGGUUUGGUCCAAUCUUUCCCUUCAUACCCGCAUGGCCGAAGAGACUGUUCAAUUGUAUUCUGUUCCGAGGCUCUGUUCCGAAGCAUGGCGCCCUGUCUCACUUGUCAGAAAACUGAUAACAUCCGUAUGCCAGCUCCCAGCGUGAACAGAUGAAGGGAAGAGUGAAACGCGAAACGAUGGAACAUGUAUCUAGACAUCAACGGUUGGAAUUUUCCCUGAGCAUUGACUCAUGAAUAUGCAGUCGCAGCAAUAACUACACUCAAUUUCGAGGCAGAUGAUGUUUUGUUUGGUAUCCAAGUGACAUCAAGUCCGAUUUGGGAUCCUUAGUCGACUUUCCCACACAACCCUAGAAUGCAUUCGAUUCAGGAGCAUGGAAGCGCAGUUGGACAGGGCACUUGGCGUCUCGUCAGGGCAACGUGUUGUUCGGAUUUUCAACGAGAACGAUUGGGGGAGCAACUGUCGACGCCGGUCAGGGCAUUUCGCAGCAGAGGUAGACCACUUCCCUCCAGCUACUCCCGAUGAACUUAAUCUGGAAUACUUGGUCCAAAUCAUAGCCCCAAAAUAGCCAGGUCUCCGUGCGAAACAGUGUGAAUCAACGGGAAUGCGAAGUCUUGAGCUAAGAUGAUGCGAACAGCCGCUAGAACAUGAAAAAAUCCUGAGCGUGGCGUAAAUCAGCCUUCGAGGGGAGAAUGGGGAGUAGUCGGGAGCCUGGUAAAUCAAAACUGGAACGUCCUGCUUCACUAUGUGGAAACAAUGACGACCAUGACGUCAUCACAUUGCUACGGCAGAUUAUUUCCAAGAAUAGGUCCGGGGCGCGGGGAUAAUUUAGGGAAAGAUAUCAUUACGCUGAGGGCUCGCUAUAUAUGAGCCCCGGGCAUGGCUCGGGGAGCAAGGAACGCCGCUGCACACGUUUUGAGUUGACACAUCAUCCGGGUUCCGAAUUUCUUUCCGUCGGCUGUCAAAGCGGCCUCUUGGCUCGCCAGUCACCAGGGGGACUGCGGAGAGCACAGCUACACACGCUACUUCAGCACCAUUCACUUUCCUUCAUUCUGUUAAGCUCUGCUUCUUCUUCUCCCAAUCUUUUUUCGAGUACGUGGCAGCAAGGCACGCAACUCCUUAACGCCGCAACCAGCUCCACUUCACGCUAGCCCGACUCACACGUCCGGUGCGCAUCCAUUGAUUUCGGCAGCAGAAUCUCGCUUUCGCUCUCUCUUUUCCCCCUUUCAUGCAGGGUAUACUGCGCCGAGGAUGGACAAGCCUGCGCGUCUUGACCGGCAAGGACACCAAAGCAGACCUCGAAUACUACGAGCUCGUUCCCCCUCCCGACUCCCCGCUUUCGUUGGCAUCGAGGCCGCUGGGCGGCGCGCGCUGGAGUCGACCGCGACUAUCGUUUCGACGGUUCCUAUGCAUGCUGCUGGCCAUGCCCGUCAUGUUCCUGGCUGUGCUCAUCAUAAACGGCAUCCCGUCGACGUAUUCAGAUAUCAAGGCGUACGAGCGGCAGUUGCCACAGCAUAAUGCGACAAUCGGGGAUGUCCACGACGGCCGCAGGUACUUGAGAUUUCCGGGGCAUCUGGUGGGGCAUGGGUGGAACAAUGUGUUGCAAGAAGCUAUCGUCGCAGCGCAUCUUGCGCAUAUUACAGACCGCGUGUACGUCUUUGAAGACUACACCUGGUCUCAGUCACCAUUUCCGUACACUGUUUUCUGGCCAGACCUUGCGUUGCGACCGUCGAGGAUCCCGCUGAACGCGUUUUUGUCGGGACCGCUUGCAGGUGGCGCUUCGGCCGAGCGGAUGGAGAAGCGGGCAGUCGAUUUCGAGUUCUUCGAACAAGCAUGUGGCGCGGAUCAAGUGCAUUCAGUCCACGCAACGGAGGAUACACCCGCCGGAUUCAAGGGUGCGAGCGCCAUGGAGGUAGUGGAGUGGUGGGUGGAGCACUUGAAGUCGGUGGAGGAUGUCCGAUGCGUCGAGAUCGUAUCGGAAGAGCCCGUGUUUGAUUCUCACUUUUUUGGCUCGCACCAGAUGGUGGCGCUACUUCCCUCGCUAUUUUUGUCACCCAUCCUACGCGAGUUCACCUGGUCUCCGCUCGUGCAGAGCGCGGUUGCCCGCAACUUUGCUGUCCUCCGUCCACUCGACAAUUCUGCCUUAUACCCUCCGCUCCGCAACCUCAUUGACUCCACCCACGAUGACGGCACUGCCGACGUCACUUCUAACAAUGCAGGCCUGGUCGCGGUGCAUUUGCGACAGGGCGACUACGAACGCCACUGUCCGCGGCUAGCGCUCUAUCAUUCAACGUAUCUUGGCAUCAACACGCACCCGGAUCUGCCGGACCGAUUUGUCCCGGGUACUGAGGCGGAUUACAUGCCACACUGUUUCCCCACUGUCGACCAGCUCGUCCAGAGACUCGAACAGGUACGCGCCGACCACGCUGCCCGAUAUCCCCAUCGUCCGCCUUUGAAACGGGUAUUCGUGCUGACGAAUGCGAGAGGGUGGUUGGUCCGUAGUCUCGAAGAGGAGCUGAAGAAGGAAGGGUGGACCGACGUUUGGUCGAGCUACGACUUGCUCCUCGAUUCUGCGCAGAAAGGUGUGGCCAUGGCGGUGGAUAUGGCACUCGCAGAGGGUGCUGAAGUCUUCCUGGGAAAUGGGUUCUCUAGCUUGACGGGGAAUAUUGUCAUGCUUAGACUGGCUCGGGGGCUAGACCCAGAAAGUAUACGAUUUCUCUGAGCUGGGAUUUGCAGACUCGGACUGCGCUAUCUAUCAAUAUUGUAUCCUAUUCACAUUUCAUUCUGCGGACACUAGCUCAAAAAGCUUCAUCUUUAUCAUUCCUUGCGCAACACUCAUUUUCAAAUUGUGGACUCAUUGAUUGGGCUAAUUUAGCAGAUGGAGUAAGGCUGCAUCUUGGCACUUGCCAAAUAAGUGUCUUGUACAAAAGAAGUUCCGCUGCAAGGAGGAUGGAGAAGCCAACUCUGAGAGCGAUUGACCAAGAAAAAGCAAAUGUUGCUUGGGUGGCUGGGG